UCGAGUGACCGUGCUGAAUCAGUUGCGAUCGGAACAUACAUACGGAACGCACGUAAGGACGAUUCCGGUAAGAGAAGAGAACAUUCAAGCAAUUGUGCUCGAGUGAUUAGUUUCCUGAAACGCACGAACUUGUAAAAUAACAUUGCUCGGUUUUCAACAAAAUUAAAGCAAGCGUUUGAAUAAAUAUGGUAUACGAGACGACGUUUUACGACAUCCUCGGCGUGCAGCCCGGCUGCUCGUCGGAGGAGCUGAAGAAGGCGUACCGCAAGCUGGCCCUCAAGUACCAUCCGGACAAGAACCCGAAUGAGGGCGAGAAAUUCAAGCAGAUCUCGAUGGCGUACGAGGUGUUGUCCGAUCCGGAGAAGAAAGCCAUCUACGACGAGGGCGGCGAGGCGGCUAUCAAAAAGGGUGGUGCCGGCGGUGGAGGUAACUUCCACAGUCCGAUGGAUCUUUUCCACAUGUUCUUCAACGGCGGGUUCGGUGGCGAACGAAAGCGUGAGCGUCAAGCGAAAAAUUUGAUCCACCCAAUGACGGUGACUCUCGAGGACCUGUACAACGGCACGACGCGCAAGCUGGCCCUGCAAAAGAAUGUCAUCUGUGAUAUGUGCGACGGUAUUGGCGGUAAGAAGGGUGCGGUACACAAAUGCACGCCCUGCCGCGGCACGGGUGUGAUUACGAAGGUCCAGAAGAUUGCGCCGGGUCUGGUGCAGCAGUACGAGGAGCGUUGCCGCAACUGCCGUGGCAUGGGGGAGACGAUGGACGAGAAGGACCGCUGUCGUGAGUGCAACGGACACAAGACAGUGCGUGUACGCAAAAUGCUUAUGAUCGAGGUGCAGCGUGGCAUGCGGGAUGAGCAGAAGAUAGUACUGCAGGGCGAGGGUGACCAGGAGCCGGACAUGAAGCCGGGUGAUAUUGUAAUCGUGCUCGAAGAGAAACCCCAUCCAGUGUUCAAGCGUCUUGGCAAUGACCUGAUCAUUAACAUGGAACUUACGCUAACGGAAGCACUCUGCGGAUUCCAGAAGGUGGUUAAGACGCUCGACGGGCGCGACUUGCUGAUUCAAUCGAAUCCGGGUGAGGUGAUCAAACACAAUGGAUACAAAUGCGUGUACGGGGAAGGUAUGCCAUACGUUAAAACCCCCAGUGAUAAGGGGCGGCUGUUAAUCCAGUUCCUCGUCACCUUCCCCGAAUCGCUGCCCGUCGAAACGGCAACGGAAAUCAGGAAACUGCUGCCUCCGCCACCGCCAGUCGAAUUACCGGAGGAUCCGGAGUACGUGGAAAUGGUUGCGGUACGACGAGAGGAGCAGCGUCGUUACGAUGACGACGAUGAUGGGCAUUCAGGACCGCAGGUGCGCAUGCAUCAGUGUAAUUCGAGCUAAAUUGAUUCGGCGGCUCCAAUGGAAAGUAACAUAGGUAUAGUGAGGAAAGCGGAGCGAGGGUGAAAGGUGUAAUUAAAUUUGCAGCUCGUGGAAAUAGAUAGUUAUGGCUUUUGUCUUGUUUAAUCAUAUAACACAAAGAGGAGAGCUUAGGUGUUCCAACUACUUCAUGCGGAGGCAAUUGAAACGAGGAGGAAACACGUACAUUACAAGCCAAGGACAGUACACGCCGUGAAAAUGGCUACGAUUUGCAUAUAAACAUUCAUCACCUCACCACCAGACACGCACCACCGCCUCACGGCUUUAAGUGUCACGCCGUAGGUGUAAGGGUAAUUUCUUUCCGUUUCCAUGAGAAAACCAGAUGAUAAGUGCUAGGUAUAAUGCGACGAAGGGACACAUUUUUUCAAGUUUAUUUUCUACAUUCUUAAACACGAUAACGACACAAGAUCCUGUGUCUAGACGCACUGUAUCCCAUCAAUUUCCAUCUCUAGGAAGGCGAUCUACUGUACUGCUUUACAAAUAUUAUUAUGAAAAAGGUGUUCACAAUAAAUGUCCAAACGUAGGAAUGUA